CCCUCGGCCUCGGUGACCUAAACUUGAUAAGCACACCUAUAUAUAUACCGUAAGUCUCAUCUUCCCGCUUUCCGUCACAUUUAAUCUUCAAGUCAUCGCAACACACACAGGUAACCCGGAUAAUAAUUAAUAAAAGCGGGAGGCUCACUUUAAGCUGAUUAUCAAAAAGAAAUGCCAACUGUACUCCUCACAGGUAUCACGGGAUUUCUGUCUGCGCACGUCGCCCAUACCUUCCUGAAGCAUGACUGGAUAGUGCACGGCACACUUCGGUCCAGCUCGAAGGUAGCGUUAAUCGAAGUUAUUCCUGAAUACUCUCCUUAUAUUUCGUCAGGCAAACUAAAACUCUUCGUUGUCGGACCUCUUGAGAAUGCCGAUUACACUGAAGCCAUGAAAGGCGUUGAUGCUGUGGUCCACACUGCGUCUCCGGUAGAGUUUGGUGGAGACAAUUUUAGAGAGAGCCAUUUGAAACCUGCUUUGGAAGGAACAAGGGGUGUCCUCAGAGCUGUAGCCAAAGAGAAGAAUGUAAAGUCCGUCGUCUACACUAGUACUUUUGGAGCCGUUGGUGAUCAUAGGUAUCAUCCCACUGAGAUCAAAGGCAAAGUUAUCACUGAGGAUAACUGGAACCCGUAUACCUUGGAAGAGCUGGAUAAGAUGGUGGAAUCUGGAGAGUCAGGCAACCCCACAUUUCCUCCAGGAUAUCUGUUCUAUAAAGGAGCCAAGAAGUACGCGGAACUCGCUGCUUGGGAAUGCCAGAAAGAAGCGAGAGAACAGGGUGCUGAAUGGUCUUUGGCCACGAUGAACUGUGUGAUGAUCUGGGGGCCUCCAAUUCAACCUCUCACAUCACUCAGUCAUGGGGGCAUGUCGACCGAGUUCCUUUGGAUGCUUGCAGGAGGGAAAGAUGCCCAUAUCAUGGACAGUCUCUAUCCCUAUUACGUCGAUGUUCGGGAUGCUGCUGAAGCACACUAUCAAGCCACCGUCCGUAGAGCGCAAGGAAGGUUUAUCAUCUCUGCCGGCCCUUAUGAUUUCCAAGAGUUCGCAGACAUGCUUAGGGAGCUUUAUCCUGAGCAAAAAGAACGAUUCGCCCUUGGUGCUCCCGGCAAAUAUAUGUACAGAGAUCCAGGAGUGUACGUGCUCACAAAUGAAAAGAGUCAAAGGGAACUUGGUAUUACUUACCGUCCAAAACAAGAGACUCUCAAAGAUGCAUUUGACAGGUUUUUCGCUUUGGAGAAACAAGGAUUGAAGUAAAGAAGAAAGAGAAGAAAUAACAGUUUGAUAAAUUGUAUGUAGAAUUGUAAAUAGAAAUUAUUUUGAUACAUAGCUUGCGAAGGUCCGCGAGAUAGCAAGUUAUAGAUAAAUAAACAGAUGGAGAGCAAUCGUUUCACAGUCAGGUUCGUUC